CGGAGCGGGUUGGGCGACGCCACGGGAGGUUCUGGAAACGCCGGGCGCGGCGCGUGUCCAGCACUUACAAGGAGCCCAGUAGUCAUCAGUGAAGUAAUUCAGCCCACAGAGUCCUGCAAGGAGUUGCUAGCCACCGGGGCAGGCAGGCAGGCAGAGUGGCAAAGUCUGAAAAUUCAGGCCUUGAAUCAUGGGCCUCCUGAGUCCCCACUUCUUCUGAUGCAACCAAUCAAGCUUCUUUACUGACAAUUUGUCUUCUUAAAUGUCGAGUGAGGGCUGAGAUUCAAGAGGACACUUGGAUGAGGAGAACACAUUGUAUUGAGCACCAGUCUAAGCUUCAUUAAGUUCUUGGUGAAGGAGAAUAUUUUUCACAUCAAGUCCUUGUUGAAGCUGGGAGCUUGGCAGAGUGUCCUGCCUGAUGAGACACUGCCCUUUCCGGCCAUGAAACUUCAAGUAUCUGUAUUGUUGAUGGCCUGGCUUGGAGUCUUGAGCUAUGUGCAAGCUGAAUUCUUCACCUCUAUUGGGCACAUGACAGACCUGAUUUAUGCAGAGAAAGACCUGGUGCAGUCUCUGAAGGAGUAUAUCCUUGUGGAGGAAGCCAAGCUCUCCAAGAUUAAGAGCUGGGCCAGCAAAAUGGAUGCCUUGACAAGCAAGUCAGCUGCUGACCCUGAGGGCUACCUGGCUCACCCUGUGAAUGCCUAUAAACUAGUGAAGCGGCUAAACACAGACUGGCUUGCACUGGAAGACCUUGUCUUGCAAGACUCUGCCGCAGGUUUCAUUGCCAACCUGUCAGUGCAGCGGCAGUUCUUCCCCACUGAUGAGGAUGAGUCGGGAGCCGCCAAAGCCCUGAUGAGACUUCAAGACACAUACAAGCUAGACCCAGCCAUGAUUUCCAGAGGGGAAUUUCCAGGAACUAAAUACCAGGCAGUACUCAGUGUGGAUGACUGCUUUGGGAUGGGCCGCUCAGCCUACAAUGAAGGGGACUAUUAUCAUACAGUAUUGUGGAUGGAACAGGUGCUAAAGCAACUUGAUGCUGGAGAGGAGGCUACUAUAGCCAAGUCCCAGGUGCUGGACUACCUUAGCUAUGCUGUCUUCCAGUUGGGUGACCUGCACCGUGCCUUGGAGCUCACGCGCCGCCUGCUCUCCCUUGAUCCGAGCCAUGAGCGUGCUGGAGGGAAUUUGCGGUACUUUGAGCGGCUGCUAGAGGAAGAAAGACAAAAACCACCAUCAAAUCAGACAGCAUCUUCUCUAGCAACUCAGGAAGGUGUCUAUGAGAGGCCUGUGGACUACCUGCCUGAGAGGGACGUGUAUGAGAGCCUCUGUCGUGGGGAAGGUGUCAAAUUGACACCCAGGAGGCAGAAGAGGCUCUUCUGUAGGUACCAUCAUGGCAACAGGGUGCCACAGCUGCUCAUCGCUCCUUUCAAAGAGGAAGACGAGUGGGACAGCCCACACAUCGUCAGGUACUACGAUGUGAUGUCUGACGAGGAAAUUGAGAGAAUCAAGGAGCUCGCAAAACCUAAACUUGCACGAGCCACUGUUCGUGAUCCCAAGACAGGUGUCCUCACUGUCGCCAGCUACAGAGUUUCCAAAAGCUCCUGGCUGGAGGAGGAUGAUGAUCCUGUUGUGGCUCGAUUAAAUCGUCGGAUGCAGCACAUCACAGGGCUAACAGUAAAGACUGCAGAACUAUUGCAGGUUGCAAAUUACGGAAUGGGAGGACAGUAUGAACCACACUUUGACUUCUCUCGGAGCGAUGAGCAAGAUGUUUUCAAGCAGUUAGGGACUGGGAAUCGUGUGGCCACAUUCUUAAACUACAUGAGUGAUGUAGAAGCUGGUGGUGCCACUGUCUUCCCGGAUCUGGGGGCUGCGAUUUGGCCUAAGAAGGGCACAGCUGUAUUCUGGUAUAACCUUCUACGGAGUGGGGAAGGUGACUACCGAACAAGACACGCAGCCUGCCCUGUGCUUGUGGGCUGCAAAUGGGUCUCCAAUAAGUGGUUCCAUGAACGAGGACAGGAAUUCUUGAGGCCUUGUGGAUCAACAGAAGUUGACUGAUGUCCUUUUCUGCCAUUUCCCUUCCUGGCCCUACAGCCCAAGUCAUUGUCAAGUUCAGCAUGACAGACACCUUUAUAAGUUCCAGCUCCUAUCAGGCAGGUCUUUGGAGGAGUCAAUGUUUGACUGAAGUGGAGAGUGUACUGGGACAAGUCCUGGGUGACCUGGGUGCCAGUCUCUGCCAUCAUACUAUGCUGUCUCUGAUUCCAAGGAUAACAUCAGAGUGAUUGCAGCAGAGCCAGACUAUCUAGCACUAAUAGGGUGCCUUUGUACCUCAGAUGUUUUAGGUGUGAGACGUUUCAGUGAACCAAAGUUUUGAUACCUUGUUUACAUGUUUGUUUUUAUGGAAUUUCUAUCAGUUGUGGCUUUAACCAAAAAAAAAUAAAAUGUCCUUGUCAGAAGCCUUA